AUGACAAAAGUUGGUAAUUUACAAUGUAUACUUGCAUUCUUGCUCGUUAUAUUGAGUCACGAACGUCACGCAUCACGGAGUAGUAAAUAUAUACAUAUAUAUUCUUUGGUUCACAAUAACAUCACAUAUCUGCAGAGACUCAACACACGUCAAACAAAUAUCAACGAAGCUGACAGAUUAAAACAAGUGCUCAACAACGAAAUAGCAAUGGAAGUCAAACGUCGAGACGAGAUCAAACGCCAAGAGCAACAGGCUCAGCAACGUCGAGAAGACGCCAGACGCCAAGAACAACAAGCUCAGCAACGUCAAGACGAAAUCAAACGCCAAGAGCAACAGGCUCAGCGACGUCGAGAAGACGCGAGACGCCAAGAACAACAAGCUCAGCAACGUCAAGAGGAGGCAAUGCGUCAGAACCGAUUAGCUCAACAGCGCGAUGAAGAAAUAAGACGUGAAAAUCAGUUGGCGCAAUAUCGUCGAGAGGAAAUAAUACGGCAAAAUGCAUUGGCUCAGCAACGUCAAGAGGAGGCAAUGCGUCAGAACCGACUGGCUCAGCAGCGGGCAGACGAGCGCCUAGCAGAAGAGCGACGCCGCCGCUACUAA